UUCAUGCUUUUCGAACCACAUCAUGGUCGAAUUUCAAUUAUUUCAACAUGACGUGAAAGUCGACGCUAUUCGACUGCAUGCAGACAAAUCGCCUAUAUCAAUCCAAUUGGGACUGACGCAAGAGCUAUACCAAGCACAGGAAAUUAUGAACAGAUCUAGCCUAGCCACAUGGAGACCCGCUAACAAAGGGCCGUACAGACAUAUACGGAUUCAAGGAAGCCCACAACAAGAACCCCUGAUACUCUGCAAUCUCCAAAUAAAGGGAUACCUUCCCUUAAGGAAACCACACUUCAAGCCUGUCAAGUUCAUCACAAUGUCGAUUCCUCGGAUCGGUACAGUCUCCAAUAUUCAAAGUGCCAUCGCAUGCGCGACAACCUGUACUAGUCAGACCGCACCACCAUGCAUGACCGCCCAGUUCGAUCCGGAAAGGCGUAGCUGCGCUAUGUUCGGAGGAUUUGAACACCGAAAAGACAACAACAACAGAAAUGAGACGAUGGUGUUCCAAUUUGGAGCUCACUUGUUUCAGAACUAAAAAAGUAUUUUUAAAUCUCUAUUCACAAAUGUCCUAUGAAUAAUAUACUACUUUCGAACCUAACUAUUUAAUUUUAAGCAUUAUCAUAAAGAAAGGGGACAUUG